UCGUAAACAACGUCAAGAUGUCUGAAUCACCAGCUUAUGGCUUAGCCUGAAAACAUUAGUUUAGUUUUGUUUUUGGUUUACUUUUUUUCAUUUUGUUUCGUUUGGCGACCUGCACAUUGAAUUAGAUGGAGAACAACAGCUUACCAUGAAACUCCGGGUGCAGAAUGACAGGAGUGAUUCCAGAAGAGCACUGAAACUGAGGGAGUCAACUGUAAUGCAGCCUAAUUCAAGUGAGCGGGGCGCCCAUGCAGGAAAUGGUUUAUCCCUAACUCUGGAACCAGAGCUGACCAGGACGCCGGCCCCUGGUGCUGCUGCUGCUGCUGCUGCUGCCGUCAUUGACAGUAAUGACGUGCGGGUAACAAUGACCAGCAAACCUGGAGAGUCCAGUGGAGGAGCAUCAUCCAGGAGGUCCAGGGUCAACUCCCACAGCCACACCCAUUCUCAGCCACAUGUGCACAGCCGUGGGCCGCACCACUCCAACACAGAGCCUGAGCUUGACCCACCAGAUUCUGAUCUGGACUCUGGUGAACCCAGCACGUCCUUUUCAGAGCUUCGCUGUCUCUUCCGCUGGCUCCAGAAGAGUCUUCCUUUCCUUAUCAUACUGUGUGCUAAACUGGUCAUCCAACAUGCGCUUGGUCUAGCAGUUGGGGUUGGCCUCUUCACAACUUUUUUAUAUGUGAACAAAAACAUUCAAACUCAAGUCUUUCUUCAGGAUCGUCACUCAAAGCUGCAGUGUGUAUGGCUGCUACUGUUCCUGACCUCUUCCACCCUCCUGCUUUAUUACACCUUUCUCACUGAGACACUUCACCAUUGCCUCAUCUUCCUCAGCCCUACCAUUGAGCCACUGGGUUUCUGGGAGGUCCUAUGGGCUGUUGGCAUCACUAACUUCAUAAUAAAGUUUCUCUUCAUGGGGAUUAAGUGCCUUAUUCUGCUGCUGCCAUCUUCCCUGGUGACCUACAGAACCCAGGGGCGAUGGGUGAUGCUGUCUGAGGAGCUGGGUCAGGUCCACCAGGCCACAGCUCCGGUUCCACUGUGGUUCCGCUACCUGGUCACGUACCAGGAGGUCGACGGCACCCCUGGACUCACACUGGGGGUCCUGCUGGCUUUGCUCUACCUCAUUCUGAAGCUUUUAGGAUUGUACGGACAGUGGACGUCUUUACUGAAAAGUGUGAGGAUAUUUUUAAAGGGCGAGCAUACAGGCACAGCAGCCACUAGGAGUCAGUGCAGCGAGGCUGGAGACGUCUGUCCCAUCUGUCAGGGAGAGUACAGGGAGCCUCGGGUCCUACUCUGUCAGCACAUAUUCUGUGAUGAAUGCAUCGCUCUGUGGUUUAACCGCGAGAAGAGCUGUCCUCUCUGCCGCACCGUCAUCACAGAGAAGGUUUACAAAUGGAGGGACGGAGCCACAUCUCCACACCUGCAGAUUUAUUGAUUGAUGAGGUAUACGUGGGGGGCUUUUGGGUGCGGGACAUUGGUAUAAGCUUGUACUUAAUGUGAUUUUCUGUGGCCGUCAAACCCCACUGACAAGUAAUGUUGUACACACUGUUUGAUUAAUCAGCUAAGGGCUGUGCCGAGGUCAGUAAAGACACACAACCUGCACCUACAGGAGACAUGUUUCUGGCUUAUUUACCAGUAAAUCCCUAAUGAUCACUCUCACAACGAAAAGUUUAUUAUUUUCAUGCCCCGAGUGAUUUUUGAUUUUUCUAUUUUAAGUUGUUUCCUCUGGUGUUGUGUUGCUUUUAUUCACCUUUUUAAUCCUAUUAUAAACUUUCCUCACGGGGCAGCAAAGUGUCCCUCUUCCACAGCUUCUUCUACUUGUAAAUAUGGGAACACCAGAAAUAUAUAAAAAAGUAUUUUAAACAGAUUUUCCCUCUGUCACACGUUUGAACAAACAUGCAACUCUUAACCAGUGUUUCUAAAUUUGUGGAAGCGACUUCUGAUUUGUAACAAUAAACCUAUAGAGGUAAGCAGCAGCAUACCUCGGCUCAGGAGUGCUUGCUGAAUUCUGCUUUAGCUCUAUUUUCAGAUUGAUGGGGACUGCAAAGGCUUUUAAGAAGCCCAGUUCUCAGUCACACCACAUGGUACAGUAAUGACCAGAGCUUUGCCAGCCUGCUGCAUCCAGGCACUGAGGAUGUACAUGGCAGGCUAAAGAAUAUGUCUGUGUUUUCUUUUCGUGUCUGAUUUAAAGGAUGCAACUGAGCGCGAGAGAUUGAUUUACACAUAAAUUAUUUUUCUAUAGAGGUGACAUAGCCUCUUUUUGUAAAAACCAAAGACUGGGAGAAACAUCUAUUUUAUUAUGUACAAAAAUCAUUUCACUGUGUUAUUUUUAUCCAUUUAGAUGCAUAAACUAUCUGAAUAAAGAUCUACAAUUU